GUUCCCAGUUGAGCCAUGGACCUCACGCUGGAUGUUCCAUCGAUUACUUGGAGGUGUGUGGAGAAGAGACCGCCUGCUUCAGCAAAGUGUGAGAGACAUAUCAAGAGUUCGACUGAAGGCCAGUCACGGGGAGCAUUGAUGAUGCUCAGUUGUGGCAUGUUGGUAACCUCAAGAAGCCGCCGGAACUUCAGUCAGCUCGGUCGUCACGCAAUCAGAAAGUCCUUCGAAUGCUUCCCUGGUGGUGAAAUGGAGCAUGGUGAUGCUGAAUGUUCCGCGGAUCGAGUUGCAGAUUUGUUCCUGCAGCUGCCACUGCGGAAUGGAGUGCUGCUGUCAGGGGUGUUGACCAGAGACCCACCGAAGGUCCACCUGCUGCCUCCACCAGCCAUGCCACCUCUCGCCAUUGUGCCAAGAGAUGGUGCAGCUUGCGUGCCGUUCACGGAAGUGGAGAAUCCCAAGAACUCAGAGGUGUUGAGGCGCUUUCAUCCCGGUCCUUUGCAACCAGAUUCAGCAUCCGGAAAAGCGUUGGGGAAGUCGCUACAGCGAGCACCGGAGGAGUUUGAAAUCCUAAGCAGAUACGAGCACUUGCGCGCUGCGACAAGCAGAUCCUCUCCUUCAGAAGAGCAGGCAGAAGUGCUUUUGCUUGAUGUCUACAUGCGCUUCCAAAGCGAGACCGGGGCUCCGCCAAGGCCGAGCGCAGAGAGCGAGGAAGCAUAUGACCUGUACAUUCACACAUGCAGGGAUGUCUCAAUGAAGGCUUUGCAUCGCACGUGCAGCCCAGAUUUCUGCAUGAUUGCGGAGGCCCACGUUCUUGGUUUGGCCAAAAAUUCUGGAUUUCCGAGGCUCAGGCAGAAUGAUGCACGAGCAAUGUAUGCGAGUGCCAUGCGGUUUGGCUAUGCAGUGCGACAGGCCGAGAUUCGACAUCAGGCAGAUGGUGCUGUCGGCACUUUUGUUCCCUUGCCUGUGGAAUCUGAGAUGUGUCGCAAGGAGCUGGAAAGUCUCUGGAUGCAGCCGGCAGUUUCAGGUUCCACACAAGAUUUAGAUGCCGGCCAGGAUGCUCAUCAAGCCACACUUCACAGUGUUGGCUACCUGUUACAUGAAGACAAAGAUGAGGAGCCAUCGCUGGAAUCAGACAGUGCUGCUGCACACCGAAGCUUGAAAGAGGUCUUUUCCAGAUUGAAGAGAAUGGGUGAGGCUAAACCAGGACUUGCUACGUACUUGGGCUGGCUAGGCAAAUUUGAUCCUGAUGCUCUCACCAUCUUGUCAACUCCCUCGCAUAUCGUUGCAUGGGCGAUGAAGUUGCAGGCUGACGCAAUUUGGGGCAAAGCUGACCAGGCACUGGCUGACGAAAUUGUAGCAUCCACUCCCGCGGACAUGCUCGAGGCCAUUCUAUUUGGAGCCUGGCUUCAUGAUGCGGAAGUCAGCGCAGAAGAAUAUUUGAACCAGCACGGGCAGAUGGAUGAAGGUGAAGGGUGUGCUGAUCAAUCUGGAUGAACAACUGGCAAUCGUUGUGCAAGCCGGUGAGCUAGUGCUAGCUAGCUGCUAGCACUCGCGGUUCUUUGUUCCCUGGUAGUUCGUUCCUGAUUUUGUUCCCGUCCACACUAGAACAGUGUGUGUUCAACCAUUUUCCAUGAACGGCUCUUGUUGUUUGGGAUGUCUUUG